AGCCAUAGAGCCACAGCCGUUGAAGACGAAGCUUAAGGAAAACCCUCAGCAUGGGGGUGGCUGAAGAUUUCGCUCCCAGCUUUGUUAAAAAGCCGCAACUGCAUCAAGAGGAUGAUGGCAAUCGUUUGAUUUUUGAGUGCCAGUUAUUGUCGUCUCCAAAACCGGACAUUGAAUGGUUUCGAAGUGACAAUAAACUAGUAGAAGAUGGCCGAACCAAAUUCAAAAUUCAACCCGUUGAAGAUAAUAAAUAUACGGUAGUAUUAGAGCUUGACGAUGUGGUUGAAACGGAUGCUGGACUGUACAAAGUCAAAGCCAAGAACAAGUCGGGGGAAGUCUCUGCGUCUAUUAAUUUAAAUUUCACACAUGGUAAGUUUUCAAUUCUUGAAAACGAACGACAAAUCGACGGUUUCGCGCCGACAUUCGCGAAAAAACCCGCUAUACGACAGGAAGAAGAUGGAAAACGACUAUUAUUUGAGUGCCGCGUUAACGCUGAUCCAAUACCCACCAUUAUUUGGUUCCACAACGGAGCAGCUGUUAAGGAAUCAAUACGCCAUAAGCUUACUGUUGAUAAAGACGUCCAUUCAUAUUUUGCAACACUUGAGAUACUAAAUGUAACAGUUGAGGAUGCUGGCAAAUACAAAGUGAAUGCAAAGAACGAAUUGGGCGAAAGCAACGCUACAAUAAGCCUGAAUUUCGACAGCGACGAAGCCCCCGUGCCGGAAAGCGCAGAAGGCAUUAAGCCAACUUUUACUGAACGACCAGUAAUUCGUCAAAGCGAAGAUGGCGGAAAUGUAACGUUCGAAUGUAGAUGCGUCGGAGAUCCCACUCCAACAGUCACAUGGUCCCAUGGCGAGACUAUACUAAACGAAUCCAAACGCUACAAAAUGUCACUGACAAUGGAUCAAAAACUAUAUCACAUGGCGUGUCUCGAGAUAAGCAGUGUGGUCUCCUCUGACCAAGGUGAAUAUCGCGCGCAAGCGAAAAACAAGCACGGUUCUGGAGUCGCAACUAUUAAUCUUAAUUUCGAAAGUGGAUCGAAAAAAAUUCCAGAUGGAAAGUCGCCACGCUUUCCAAAAAAACCAACGAUCCGCCAAGAAGAGGACCUACUCAUCAUGGAAUGCGUAUUGGAAGCGCAUCCGGUCCCAGACAUUGUCUGGUAUUGCUCAGAUAAGGAAAUAUCCGAUAAUCAAAGAACGAAAAUGACCCGCAAGGCAAUAACUAAAGACAACUACGUUUUGACCCUGGAAAUCCAAAACCCCACAAAAGAAGAUGGCGGCAACUAUCGCUGUAACGCAAUUAAUAUGUAUGGCGAAAGUAAUGCAAACAUUGCGCUUAACUUUCAAGGUGCGAGCGACGCCAAUGGUUUUGCACCAUCAUUUAUCGAGAAACCAAGGAUAAUCCCAAAUGAGUCUGGCACACUAAUAACAAUGAAGUGCAAGUGCAAGGCCAAACCUGAGCCAACCGUAACUUGGUACAGGGGUCAAGACAUGGUGGAGAAGAGUAAGAAGAUAAAAAUAAAUACAACAGUUAUUGCGGAAGACACUUACGAACUGACAUUGGAAAUAAAGGAUCCCGGGGCAACUGAUGGUGGAACCUACAGGUGCAAUGUCAAAAACGAAUAUGGUGAAUCAAACGCCAAUCUUAACCUUAACAUUGAAGCGGAGCCUGAGCCGGAGGGUGAGGGGCCAACGUUCAUUGAAAAGCCGCGCAUUGUAUCCGAAAACAACGGUAAAUUGGUUAUAAUGGAGUGCAAGGUCAAGGCAGAUCCAAAACCAGAUGUAAUUUGGUUCCGCAACGGAGAAGUCAUAAAGGAAAGCAACAAAAUCAAAACGUUUAUUGAGCAGCGUGGUGACCAAUACUACAUUAAGCUGGAGCUAUUAGAUCCCCAACUAGAGGACUCUGGCCUUUACAAGUGCAACAUUAAGAACACCCUCGGCGAGCUGAAUGCGAAUCUUACAUUGAAUAUAGAAAUUGUUCCCGUCAUUAAAGAUAAACCUAAAAUUAUUAAGAUUAUCAAAAAACGAACUGUUAUUAUCGAGUGCACAGUUGCAUCAAAGUUCGAACCUAAGUGUACUUGGUAUAAGGAAACAAACACUGUAAAAGAAAGCAAGAGACACGUUUACCUGGUGGAGCAAACUAAGGACGGAGAGUUUGCUGUCAAACUAGAGAUAAACGAUGUUGAAGAGAGUGAUAAGGGCGCUUACAAAUUGGUGGCUAGUAACGAAAAAGGACAAGCUGUAUCUCAAGUUGUCAAUCUCGUUGAUAUUCCCGAGGAGGAACGCAAGCCCAGCAAGCCGGAAAUCUCCCGAAAGCUCGUUGAUCAAAAGGUUUCCGAGUCAAAGACUUUCGAGCUUUUAAUCAGUCUGGCCCAGUCAGAUCGCAAGUGCAAAAUCGAGUGGUACAAGGGCAGCACCUUAAUACGCGAAACCAAAGACAUUACCACCACGUUCGAUGGAACAACUGCACGACUCACAUUUAGCUCGGCAAGAACGGAACACACUUCAAACUAUAAAGUCAUUGUGACCAACGAAGUAGGCAAGGCCGAAUCGUCGUGCAAGAUUACAGUGGAGAAAGGCACAAAGAAGAAAGAGGAACAACCCAAAGAAAAGGAUAAGUCGAAGGCAGAAAAGGAAAAAGAGGAAAAGGUAAAUAAAAAUAUAAAUACAUCUAAAUGUGUGCAGGACACGCAUCAGGUCUUAGAAUCUGUAACGGCACAGGAGAUUCAAAGCAAGGAACGCCAGGUCGUAGCUAAGAUGGAAGAGCAUUAUAUAAAUCAGAAAUCUAGCACUCAACUAAACACUGUGAGUGUCAUUCUAAGUGAUGAAUCCACCAGCACAGAGGUUCUUGACGAGUUUUCGCAAAGUAGGAAGCGUUCGUUAUUCACUUUAGAUUCAACGUGCGGCGUAACUUUAUAUCAAAUACCGAAAUUAAAAAGGAAAAGUGCAUCAAAUUCUCCUCUGGAUAUAUCUCAGUCGAAUGCAUCUAAGGACCUAUUUGGUGUUACAUUAAAGCCUGUUAGCCAGUUUACUAGUGAUGAGCAAAGAGCAACGGAACAAAUAGGUUUAAAAAAAGUGGAACGAAAGGCAAGUAUUGUGUCUGUCGAAGAAGAGAUCUCGGCAGAAGUACGACGCCAAUCAGUAGUCAAAAUGCAGGACGAGAUCACAGUCGAUGAUAAAAGGGUAUCGUCGAGAAGGACAUCCCUGGCUGUUGAAGACUCUAAAUCUGAAUCCCGGCGGUCGUCUGUCGCUGACAAGAAACCAUUGGAGGUUGAUAGUAAGCAAGUUGACGAUAACAAAAACCCGCAAGCAUUAAGAGAAGAGAUUCCCAAGCUAAAACCCACUGACAAACGUCGAACCUCAAAGGUAAUAGAGGAGCAAAAACCUGCCGAAGAACUGCCAAAGCUGCGUAAAACAUCUAUCGCUCAAGUAAAAGAAGAUGCAAAGCCUGAAGUUGCAAAACCAAAAGCGAAAGCUAAAGCAAAACCAAAACCAAAAUACGAAGAGCUCCCAGAAAUUCCAGACUACGAACGUCCACAGCUAGAAAAGUAUGAAAGAUCUGAUUUUACGCCCACCGACUUUGGUCGUGAACUUGAAAUACCAAACAAAAUGGAAAAACCCAUAUUAGAUAGUGGAAAGAAGGAAUCUGAGGCACCAGUCCAGAAAAAUGGAAUUCCUAAAAAGUCGGAAAUAAUUGAAAAGCCUGCAGAGGAACCCAAGGGCUUGAAAAUCGGCAAAGGUAAACUACCCGAUGAAGAUGACAGUCGAGACGGCGCUAUUCUUAAGCCAGUCAUUAUUGAGCCAGAGGAUAAAUCUGAGAUCGGAAAUAAAAAACCCCAUGAGCAGGCCGAUAAACCAUCUGUACUAGAUAUUAUAAAGCAGCGACGUCGAUCCUCUAUCAGAAAUCUGAUGACUAAGGAACCAAUUCAAAAUGAAUCAUUCCUUGGGGUAGUUUUAAAGCCCGUGAUAAAGGAUGCUAAAGAGCAGGUUGCGCCUCAGCAAGCUAUACAGUUAACGAAGGCAAAUGCGACAGAGCAGUUAUCUCAUACAAAGGCAAUCAAGGCGAAAGUUUCGGACCUAAAAAAGCCAGAAGCUCUAGCGACCCUUGAGGAUGAUUAUGAGCGGCCCGUGUUAGAAAAAUGUGACCCUGUCAACUUCGAUAACAACAAAUCAGAGAAACCUACACCAGCAAUUAUCACACCGGACACUAAACACCCACAAGUAAAAUUGCCGGUAGAAGAACCUAAGGAAGAGAAGCCAAAGGUUUCCAGGAUGCAACCGCCUUCCCCAGGUGAGCCACCGAAGAUAGAAGUAAUACGGGAGAAGCGACCAUCUCUAGCACCGGAGCCGCCAAGUCGCCGUGGAUCUCUUAUCCCGCCAGCCGAUACUGGACGUCGGCCGUCUCUGAUCAUCAAUGAUGAGAAGAAACUCCGUCCCGGCGAAGUAAUGGACACGCGGUUGUUAAGGCCAGGCGAGGUCGGUGAAGGACAGCAAAAGCAACCGCGACCCGGAGAAAUGGGGGACACUAAACAGCGGAGGAGACCGUCGAUUGAUGUACGCCGUCCAAGCGUGCAAGACCUAGAGGAUCUUAUAAACAAGCCAUCCACACCAUUACGUGAUGUGGGUGAUGGCGGUCCUCCUUCAAUCGUUGAUGUCCAAGAAUCUUAUUCUGUUGUUGAAGACUCGACUGCUUACCUUACGGUUGGCAUCGAAGGCAGUCCAGCACCUACAUUCAAGUUCUACAAGGGAGUUAGUGAGAUUCUUGAGGGCGGUCGGUUUAAGUUCCUCACAGAUGGGCAGACAAACACAAUUACCUUGUGUAUGCGUAAGUGCAAGCCCAACGAUGAGAGCAAGUACAAGAUUGUUGUUUCAAACAUUCAUGGUGAGGAUUCCGCCGAGAUGCAGCUCUAUGUAUCAGAUUCAAGUGGCAUGGACUUCCGUGCCAUGCUCAAAAAACGUCGUUAUCAAAAAUGGGACAAAGAUGAACAGGAUCCCAAUUGGGGAGACCUAAAAGAAACGGAAAAACCGUUACCGGCCCUAAAAAAAGUUGAAAGGAAGGUUGAGUCAUUUCUCAGCCCACUUAUCGACCAAUUCGCCAAAGAGGGAAAGGACAAAAAGGUUGUAUUUGAAGCCAGAUUCAGCAAGCCCAAUUGCAAGCCAAAGUGGCUGUUUCGCAAGGACGAGGUGUUUACGGGUAGCAAAUUUAAAUUCAAACAAGAAAAUGAUACUUAUCAGUUAAUCAUUACUACGCCAAAAGUCGAGGACACCGGCAAGUAUACUAUUGAAAUUGGUGGUGUUUCAAGUACCGCAUUUUUAAAUGUCGAAGAAGCCGAUCCCACCUACACAUUUACAAAAGUCCUCAAAAAGAAACUUGAGGGAUUUACUCAGCACGAGACUACUCUGGAGUGCUCCGUCAGUAGCAGUAUGGCUAAUGUGCAUUGGUUCAAAGACAAUAAAAAAUUGGAGUCUGAUGAUCCUCGCUACCUUAUAUCCAAAGAUAUCAACGGCAACCUUAAACUUAUUAUUAAGGACUCUGUACUUGAGGAUGCCGGCCUCUACAGAUGUCAACUGGAUAAGCAACCUGAUAAGACUGAAUGCCACCUAAAGGUUACGGAGUACCCAUACAAGUUUGUUAAAGUUUUAAAAUCUCAACAGUGUAUAGAAAAAGACACUGUGACGCUUGCGUGUGAAAUCGAUGAUGCUAUGGGUGAAGUGCAAUGGUUCCGAAACGGUGAAGAAAUUCAACCUGACAAACGCAUUCAAAUAGUAAAAGAUGGUCGGAAGCGAAAAUUAAUCAUUAAGGAUUGCAAGGUAACGGAUGCAGGCCAAUUUAAAUGUACAACUAAUGCCGACACUACAGAAGCGGAAAUAAUUAUUAAUUAUCAAAACCGAUUUAAUAAAAAACUUAAAGACACUGAUGCCGUUGAAAGAGAAAAAUUGGUCCUUGACGUCGAACUUCAGGAUCAAACAGCGCCAUGCGAUUGGAAGUUUAACGGAGAGCCCAUUGUCCCGAGUGAACGCAUUGAGAUUAAGAACCUAGGUGGCGGCAAGCAUCAACUCGUAUUCAACAGCUUGGAUUUGUCAAAUGAGGGAGAAAUAACUUGCGAGUCUGGACAGCUCAGUUCGAAAUGCAAGCUUUCAAUCCGCAAGGGAGAAAGUAGACCAAACAUUGAUUGUCCUGAUCAAUUUGCAGGACCUAUCAGUGCCCCUGUUCUUGUAGAGGUACCAUUUAAAGUUUCCGGUACAAAACAAACACCUGUGGAGGCCAAAUUAUUUAAGGACGGCAAGCCAUUGCCUGUUAAGGAUGUAGAGGUUGCAGUUACCGAUGACAAAGUCACAUUUAAAAUAAAAAAGCCAUCUAGAGAUUUAUCUGGUCCAUAUCAAAUAAAAAUUUCCAAUGGACAGGGUGAAGAUACUAAGGACGUUCAAAUUAUUUGUCAGGAUGUUCCACAGCCACCCCAGGAAGUUGAUAUUACAGACGUCUAUCAGUCAUCCUGUGUAGUAAACUUUAAGCCUCCGACGGACGAUGGAGGUGCUCCUAUAACCAAAUAUGUAAUCGAACGGCAGGAUUUAAGCAAAAAGCAAGGCUGGGAGCCUGUCGCUGAAGUUUUACCUACUGAGCCAUGUCGAAAAACAAUUGAUGACUUGGUCCCAAAGAAGCAGUACAGAUUCCGUAUUCGUGCUAUCAACGUGAUUGGCCCCUCAGACCCUGCUACUUUCAAAAAUACUAUUCUCGCGAAAGAUCCGUGGGAUGAGCCUGGAAAGCCUAAAGCAGUUGAUCUAACCGAUUGGGAUAAGGAUCAUGCGGAUCUCAAGUGGGAAGCACCCGAUAGUGAUGGCGGAGAUCGCAUAACUGCAUAUAUUGUGGAAUACAAAGAAAAGUUCUCUAACGACUGGGUAGCCGGCAAGGAAGUUGACGGCGAUGCUAGAACUGCAACCGUCGACGGGUUAAAAGAGGGCCAACAGUACGAAUUCCGAGUCCGUGCUGUUAAUAAGGCAGGUCCAGGUGAGCCUAGCGACAAGACUAAAUCGAUUAUUGCAAAAUGCCGAUUUGUAAAGCCCUUCAUUGUUGGGGACGGUCUCAAAAACAUUACCGUUAAGAAGGGACAAACCAUUCGAUUCGAUAUUAAAUAUGACGGUGAGCCAGAACCAACAGCCACUUGGGUAAAGGGAACCGACAACCUAAAGUUUGACAACCAGCGCAUUUGUCUAGACCAGAUGGAAAGGAACUCAUCAAUCACUAUUAAAAAAUCCGUCCGAAAGGACACGGGAAAAUACAAAUUAGUACUGACAAACAGCUCAGGUACUGUUGAGUCCGAGGCUCAAGUUGUGGUUCUUGACAGACCACUUGCUCCUGGGGGACCGUUCGAACCGGAAGAGGUGCGCGCCAAUCAUAUUAAAAUGAAAUGGAAGCGUCCAGAGGAUGACGGCGGUUGUGAAAUUACUGGAUAUGCUUUAGAGCGCAUGGACGAAGAGACAGGCCGCUGGAUACCUGCUGGCGAAGUAGGUCCAAACGAGACUUCGUUUGACUUUAAGGGACUGACGCCAAACAAAAAAUACAAGUUUCGCGUCAAGGCCAUUAAUAAAGAAGGCGAAUCAGAGCCACUUGAAACAUCCGACUCAAUAGAGGCAAAGAAUCCCUAUGAUCCCCCCAGUGCGCCCAGCCAGCCAGUUAUCGAUGAUUACGACAACAAGAGUGUUCUUUUAAAAUGGAAGCGACCGCCGUCAGAUGGCGGUCGACCAAUAACCCAUUAUGUCGUCGAAAUAAAAGAUAAAUUUUCACCCACCUGGAGUGAGGUAGCAAAGACUGAGGAUGCAACUCCUGAGUGUACGGUGGAUGGUCUUAAGGAAAAAAUGGUGUAUCAGUUUCGUGUUAGAGCCGUUAACAAGGCAGGCCCCUCCGAACCUUCCCAGCCCACCGAUAAUCACCUGUGCAAGCACAAAAAUCUCAAACCACAAAUCGAUCGGUCUACUUUCAAACGAGUAACAAUAAAGAGUGGCCGAACUCAUAAAUGGUCAGUUGACGUAAUUGGCGAGCCAAUACCAGAACUGCACUGGAGUUGGAGAGAUGAUAUUCCAUUAACUAACGGGGACCGAAUAAGGAUAGAAAAUGUCGAUUAUCACACAGACUUUACAAUUAAAAAUGUUUUGCGAAAAGAUAGCGGUUUCUACACAUUAAAAGCGGAGAACCGCAAUGGCAUUGAUCGCGAGACCGUGGAAUUAGUUGUUCUAGGAAAGCCCAGCUCGCCAAAAGGUCCCCUUGCUGUUAGCGACGUAACUGCAAAUGGAUGCAAACUGCAAUGGAAGAAACCUGAAGAUGAUGGUGGAGUACCUAUUAAGGAAUAUGUCGUUGAAAAGAUGGAUACGGCAACAGGAAAAUGGGUUCGAGUUGGCAGAUCUCCUGGAGAGAAGGAACCACCAAGUUUUGAUGUAACCGGCUUGAAUCCCGGAUCAGAGUACAUGUUCCGCGUUUCCGCCGUUAACGAAGAAGGCGAAUCUGAGCCCCUAACUACUUUGGUAGGCGUUGUGGCAAAGGAUCCAUUCGAUGAGCCUAACAAACCAGGAACGCCCGAAGUUACUGAUUAUGAUAAUCAAAGUGUGACUUUGAAAUGGACAGCACCCAAUAAUGACGGAGGAGCCCCGAUUCUGAAAUACAUAAUUGAGAAAAAAGAUAAAAAUAAACCCGAUUGGGAGAAAGCCCUAGAAAUACCGGGAGACCAACUUGAAGCCACAGUCGCAGGUCUUCAGGAGUACGGAGAGUAUCAGUUUCGUGUUGUAGCAGUCAACAAAGCCGGACUCUCGCCCCCAUCAGAUGCUAGUGUUCCUCAAAUUGUUAAGUACAAAAAAUUAAAACCUCGUAUAGACCGAACAAACUUAAAGCCUUUGUUGAUUCGCGCCGGAAAGCCAAUUAAGUAUGACAUCAAUGUUCGCGGUGAGCCUGCUCCCACAAUUACAUGGUAUCAAAAUGAUACAGAGCUUAAACCAGAAGCACUACCUAGCAAUAGCGAAAUCAAGAAUAUACCAUAUAACACAAAGAUUUCAAUUAUUGAUACACUUCGUAAACAUACUGGCAUCUACAAAAUAAAGGCUGUAAAUGAACAUGGCGAAGAUGAAGCUACAGUUGAAGUCAAUAUUCUAGCUCCUCCAGGCAAACCCAAAGGCCCAUUGGAUGUCAAAGAUAUUACAAAAGACAGCUGUAAGCUAAAAUGGAAAAAACCUGAAGAUGAUGGUGGGAAACCCAUUACAGCUUAUCAGGUUGAAAGGUUUGAUAAAAAUCAAGGUCGAUGGGUACCUGUCGGUAGAACUUCUGCUAAUGAUACCGAAUUUGAUGUCAAGGGUCUUCAAGAAGGCCAUGAGUAUCAGUUUCGUGUCAAGGCAAUCAAUGAAGAGGGGGAAUCCGAACCCCUGGAGACCGAUGGCAGUAUCAUAGCGAAAAAUCCCUAUGAUCCCGCUAGUAAGCCAGGUACACCUAACAUUAAGGACUACAACGAACAUAUGGUAAAAUUGAAGUGGGAAACACCCAAGUCUGAUGGAGGAGCUCCAAUCACUGGUUACAUUAUUGAAAAAAAAGAUAAGUUCUCCCCUAUGUGGGAUGAGAUAGUCAGCACCAAUACAUCCACCCCUGAAGCAAUCGUUGAAGGUCUCAACGAAGGCAAUGUUUACCAGUUUCGAGUGCGUGCAGUUAAUAAAGCUGGUCCCAGCGAGCCGAGCGAUGCAACGGAGCCUCAUUUGGCUAAGCCGAGAAAUCUAAAGCCAUCUAUAAACAGAGAAAAAAUGAAGGCAAUCAAGGUUCGCGCUGGGCAAACGGUAAAGUUUGAUGUGGAUGUUAAGGGAGAACCGGCACCUACUUUAACUUGGUUCAUAAAAGAAAGCGAGUUAACGCCCACCGGUCAAGUGCGCCUAGAAAAUGAAGACUACAAUACAAAACUGACAUUGCUAGAUACGUCACGCAAACAAAGUGGCGAGUAUAAGCUACGAGCUGAAAAUAUAAAUGGCGUUGACGAAGCUGUGGUCGAAGUUAUUAUUUUGGAUAAGCCUUCGAAGCCUGAAGGGCCACUUGAAGUCUCAGACAUACAUAAGGAAGGUUGCAAUCUUAUGUGGAAAAAACCGAAGGAUGAUGGAGGUGUUCCGAUUACUGGCUAUGUAGUAGAAAAAAUGGAUACAGCCACUGGAAAAUGGUUACCGGCCGGUUCGGUUGAUCCAGAAAAAACGGAUAUUGAGAUUAAGGGUUUGGAUCCAAAUCAUCGGUACCAAUUUAGAGUUAAGGCUGUAAACGAGGAGGGCGAAUCAGAACCUCUAGAAACUGAAUCAGCCAUUACUGCUAAAAAUCCAUUCGAUGUGUCUGCUCCACCUGGCCUACCUGAGUUUGAAGACUGGGAUGAGCAUCACGUCAAACUUAAAUGGGAACCACCAAUUCGAGAUGGCGGCUCUCCUAUUACCAACUAUAUAAUCGAAGUAAUGGAUAAGGAUUCAGGCGAAUUUGUAAAAGCCGUUGAAACAGAUAGUCCAGUUUGUAAAGGCGUUGUUAAGAAGCUUGAAGAAGGACAGCAAUACAAAUUUAGGGUUCGUGCCGUUAACAAGGCUGGCCCAUCUGAUCCAUCCGAGCAGACUAACUGGCACACAGCCAAACCGCGAUUUUUGAAACCUCAUAUUGACCGAACCAACUUGAAACCUGUAACCGUUAAAACUGGGCUUUCAAUAAGUUUGGACAUUAGCAUCAAAGGAGAACCAGCUGCGAAAGUUGAAUGGUUAUUUAAUGCAUUACCCCUAACAAGCAACGAGGAUAGUGUGAAAAUUGAUAAUGUUGACUACAACACUAAAUUCUUCGUAAUGCGUGCCCAAAGAUGUCAAAGUGGUAAAUACUUAAUUAAAGCUACAAACGAAGUUGGUGAAGACGAAGCAGAACUGGAAGUCACCGUUUUGGGUAAGCCGGGAAAGCCCAAAGGUCCCCUUCAAGUCAAUGAUAUAACGAAACACAGCUGCAAGCUCAAGUGGGAAAAACCAGAUGAUGAUGGCGGCACUCCUAUCGACUAUUAUGAAAUAGAAAAACUUGAUCCACACACUGGUCAAUGGUUACCGUGUGGAAAGAGUACAGAGCCUGAAGCGAAAGUAAUUGGUCUUCAUGAAGGAAAACCAUAUAAGUUUAGAGUAAGAGCUGUAAAUAAAGAAGGGGAGUCUGAGGAUUUGGAAACAGAUAAACCAAUCAUUGCGAAAAAUCCAUUUGAUGAACCUGACAAACCUGGCAGACCUGAACCUACAAAUUGGGAUAGAGAUUUUGUUGACUUAGCUUGGGAUCCACCAAAGAACGAUGGCGGCGCACCAAUCCAAAAAUAUAUUAUUCAAAUGCGGGAUAAGUCAGGACGCGCAUGGGUUGACGCUGCUACUGUACCAGGAGAUAAGAGCAGUGGUACCGUUACCGGCGUAGAAGAGGGCCAUGAGUACGAAUUCCGCAUUGUUGCCGUCAACAAGGCAGGACCCAGUGACCCCAGCGACGUCUCAAAAACAGUGGUGGCUAAACCUCGUUUCUUAAAGCCACACAUUGACCGCAAGAAUCUGCAAAAAAAAGUAAUGCGCAGUGGACAAAUGCUUCAUAUGGACGCUGCAGUUAAAGCUGAACCUCCAGCUAAAAUAACAUGGACUUGCAACGGAACUGAAAUCAAAACUUCAGACAACAUAAAAAUAGAAAAUGAAGACUAUAAAACCACAUUUAUAAUACCAAAGGUGAAGCGCACUGAUCGAGGCGUAUACAUCGUUACGGCCAAAAAUGAUUCGGGUUCAGACACCGUAGAAGUAGAGCUAGAGGUGCUUUGCAAGCCAAGUAUUCCAAAAGGACCGUUGGCUAUAUCUGACGUAACGGCUGAAAGCGUUCAUUUGAAAUGGGAAAAGCCUGAAGAUGAUGGCGGAGAGCCAAUCGAACAAUAUGUCGUCGAACGAAUGGAUACGGAAACAGGUCGAUGGGUACCUGUUCUUACAACUAAGACACCUAAAGCCGAUGUUACAGGCCUUACAGAAGGCAAGGAAUAUCUUUUUAGAGUGAAAGCAGUCAAUUCGGAAGGCGAAUCCGAGCCCUUGGUAGCAGAUAUUCCUACAAAAGCGAAGAAUCCCUUCGAUGCUGCCGACACUCCAGGAAAGCCGCAAAUCACUGAUUGGUCUGCUAACCAUUGUGAUCUUAAGUGGAGGGCUCCGGAAGAUGAUGGCGGAGCAUCUAUCACCGGCUAUAUACUGGAAAAGAAGGACCCCAAUACAGGAAAAUGGCAAAAGGCUCUUGAAACAAAUACACCCGAUUGCAAGGCCCGCGUAAAUGACUUAAUCGCUGGCAAUAAAUACCAGUUCAGAGUUAAGGCAGUUAAUAAGGCAGGAAAGAGCAAGCCCUCAGAACCAUCGGACCAAAUGAUAGCAAAGGAUCGAUUUGCACCACCCAAAAUUGAUAGAACCAACAUUAAGGAUAUUACCAUAAAGGCUGGACAACACAUUCGAUAUGACAUUAAAGUUUCUGGAGAACCUCCGGCAACUAAAACUUGGCUUCAUAAUAAAGCCCGCCUUGAUAAAGACGAUAGUGACUACAAUAUUGACAUGGAGUCAUAUCGCACAAAACUGGCAGUCCCAUUUUCAAAGCGAUUUCAUUCAGGAAAAUAUACGCUUAAGGCGGAGAAUGAAUCUGGACGCGAUGAGGCUUCAUUUGAAGUCAUUGUGUUAGAUAAGCCGGGGAAGCCAGAGGGACCUCUACGAAUCACAGAUGUGCACAAGGAAGGGUGCAAGCUUAAGUGGAAUGCUCCCAUAGACGAUGGAGGUUUACCAAUAGAGCACUACAUUGUUGAAAAAAUGGACGUCGAAAGCGGCCGAUGGCUGCCAUCAGGUCGCUUUAAGGAACCUUUCGCAGAGUUAAAUAACUUGGAGCCUGGCCAUGAAUACAAGUUUCGGGUACUCGCUGUAAAUACUGAAGGUGAAUCUGAACCAUUAACUGGAGAACAGUCUAUAAUAUCGAAGAAUCCAUUUGAUGAGCCCGGAAAGCCAGGAACUCCGGAAGUAGUAGACUGGGAUAAAGAUCAUGUGGAUUUGGUAUGGAAGCCACCGAUUAACGAUGGUGGAUCUCCAAUUACUGGUUACAUUGUUGAAAAACGUGAAAAAAGUAAUGACAAGUGGAUAAAGGGGACGGAAAUUCCAGCUCCCGGCUUUGGAGAGGAGUGCAAAGCUUCCGUACCAAACCUAAAUGAGAAUUGUGAAUACGAAUUCCGCAUCAAAGCAAUUAAUGCUGCUGGACCUGGUGAACCCUCAGAUGCUAGCAAACCUAUUAUUACAAAGCCAAGAAAGUUGGCGCCCAAGAUUGAUCGUAAAAAUAUUCGAACUUAUAACGUCAAGGCUGGAGAACCAAUAUUCUUGGAUAUAAAUGUCUGUGGAGAACCCGCACCGGAUGUUACUUGGAACCAAAACAACAAGUCUAUUCAGGCAACUUCAGUUAGCCAUAUAGAGAAUAUUCCAUAUAACACAAAAUACAUAAAUAAAAAUCCUGAACGGAAAGACACAGGACUCUAUAAAAUUUCUGCCCAUAACCUCUAUGGUCAAGACCAAGUGGAGUUCCAAAUCAAUAUUAUUACUAAACCUAGCAAGCCUGAAGGUCCUUUAGAGGUAUCAGAUGUGCACAAAGGUGGUUGUAAGCUUAAGUGGAAAAAGCCUAAGGACGAUGGAGGUGAACCAAUAGAGAGUUACUUAGUUGAGAAAUUCGACCCAGAUACGGGUAUUUGGUUGCCUGUUGGCAAAACUGAUGUACCAGAAUACAACGUGGAGGGUCUAAUUCCAGGCCAUGAGUAUAAGUUCCGGGUAAAAGCUGUAAACAAAGAGGGUGAAUCGGAACCAUUGGAAACUUUGGGUUCAAUUACUGCAAAGGAUCCCUUUACCGCUCCGUCGAAGCCUGGUGUUCCUGAACCUACCGACUGGACUGCAAAUAAAGUAGAACUUACCUGGCCAGAACCUGCAAGUGAUGGAGGAUCGCCAAUCACUGGCUACAUAGUGGAGGUAAAAGAUAAGUACAGCCCUCUUUGGGAGAAAGCGCUAGAAACCAACUCUCCAACUCCCAUGGCGACUGUUCAAGGUCUUAUCGAAGGAAAUGAAUAUCAAUUUCGAGUAGUUGCUUUGAAUAAGGGAGGUCAAUCGGAGCCUUCGGAUCCAAGCAAAGUUCUUAUAGCCAAACCACGUUAUCUUGCUCCCAAGAUAGACCGUAGAAAUCUUCGUGAUAUAACGUUAUCGUCCGGAACCGCUCUUAAAUUAGAUGCAAAUAUAACGGGCGAGCCUGCCCCAAAAGUGGAGUGGAAGUUCUCAAACUACCACUUGCAAUCAGGAAAAAAUGUGACCAUCGAUAGUCCUGACUACUAUACGAAAUUAGUUAUUCGACCAACGCAUAGGAGUGACUCUGGAGAAUAUUUGGUCACAGCCACUAAUAGUUCUGGAAAAGAUAGCGUACUUGUAAAUGUGGUUAUCACAGAUAAGCCCACACCUCCUAACGGGCCCCUACAAAUAUCCGAUGUACAUAAGGAAGGCUGUCACCUUAAAUGGAAGCGUCCCAGUGACGAUGGUGGAAUUCCAAUUGAGUAUUUCCAAAUUGACAAAUUAGAUCCCGAAACUGGAUGCUGGAUUCCCUCUUGUCGUUCAACCGAACCCCAAGUGGAUGUUACAGGUCUUACGCCUGGAAACGAAUAUAAGUUCCGAGUAUCAGCUGUAAAUGCGGAAGGUGAGUCGCAGCCCUUGGUUGGUGAGGAAACAAUAAUAGCUAAAAAUCCAUUUGAUGAACCUGGCAAGCCCGAAAACCUUAAAGCAACUGAUUGGGAUAAGGACCACAUUGACUUGGCGUGGACUCCACCACUGGCUGAUGGUGGAUCUCCCAUUUCUGGUUAUAUUGUUGAAAAGAAAGAUAAAUAUGGUAAAUGGGAAAAGACCCUUGAGGUUCCAGCUGAUCAAUGCAAAGCCACUGUUUCUGAUCUUGUCGAAGGCCAAGCUUAUGAGUUCAGAGUUUCUGCGGUCAACGCUGCUGGAACUGGAGAGCCAUCUGAUGCCACUCCUUCGAUAGUUGCCAAGGCUCGCAACAAGCCACCUAUUAUAGAUAGAUCAAACCUUAUUGAAGUGCGUAUUAAAGCUGGACAGGCAUUUACAUUCGACUGCAAGGUAUCUGGAGAGCCAGCGCCUAAAACUAAGUGGCUGCUUAAGAAAAAAGAGUUGUAUUCAACAGACAAUAUUAAGGUUACUAAUGUAGACUACAAUACAAAACUAAAGGUUACUGCUGCGACCCGAUCUAACUCAGGUGUAUACACAGUUCAUGCAGAAAAUGCAAAUGGAGAAGACAGGGCAGAAGUUAAAGUAACUGUGAUCGAUAAACCUUCAGCGCCAAACGGACCUCUUGCAGUUGAUGAGGUAAAUGCCGAGUCUUGCUCUCUGCACUGGAGUCCACCAGACGAUGACGGUGGGCAACCAAUAGAUAACUACGUCGUUGAGAAAUUGGAUGAAGCAACAGGUCGUUGGGUACCAGCUGGGGAGACUGAAGGACAAACUACAACCCUUAAGGUAAAAGGACUUACCCCAGGUCACAAAUACAAAUUUCGAGUGCGGGCCAAAAAUCGUCAAGGAACUUCAGAUCCACUCACGACAGCACAAGCCAUUCAGGCCAAAAAUCCGUUUGACGAACCUACAAAACCUGGUACUCCAACAAUAAAAGACUUCGACACAGACUUCGUUGAUUUGGAAUGGAAUAGACCAGAGAGUGAUGGUGGAUCUCCUAUCUCUGGGUACAUAAUUGAGAAGCGGGACAAGUACUCUCCCGAUUGGGAAAAGUGUGCUGAGGUCAGUGACGACAUUACCAAUGCUCAUGUUCCCGAUCUAAUUGAAGGCGUUAAAUACGAGUUCCGUGUUAGAGCAGUAAAUAAGGCCGGUCCAGGUAUCCCCAGUGAUCCAAGUAAACCCCAUCUUGCUCGACCCAAAAACAUGCCACCAAAGAUAGACCGAAACUUCAUGUCCGAUAUCAAAAUAAAAGCUGGUAAUAUAUUCGAGUUUGAUGUACCAGUUACUGGUGAGCCUUUUCCAAGCAAAGAAUGGACUCACGAAGGAAAUAUGAUCAUAAACACAGAUCGAGUAAAAAUUUCCAAUUAUGAUGACCGCACCAAGGUACGAAUACUUGAUGCAAAACGAUCCGAUACAGGAGAUUAUACUUUAAUAGCUCGUAACAUAAAUGGUAUUGAUAGGCACACCGUCAAAGUUACUGUUCUGGAUGUGCCAAGUGUACCGGAAGGCCCAUUACGCAACGGUGAUAUAACCAAAAACUCUAUAGUGCUGCGUUGGCGGCCACCAAAGGAUGACGGCGGUUCAGAAAUAACGCAUUAUAUUGUGGAAAAAAUGGAUAAUGAUGCCAUGCGAUGGGUGCCUGUUGGUGAUUGUACUGAUACCGAAAUUCGAGCUGAUAAUUUGAUCGAAAAUCAUGACUACAGCUUUAGAGUAAGAGCUGUUAACAAGCAAGGCCAAUCCCAACCACUUACGACCUCUCAACCAAUAACUGCAAAAGAUCCCUUUUCACAUCCAGACAAGCCUGGUCAACCGCAAGCUGUAGAUUGGGGUAAAAAUUUUGUGGACUUGGAGUGGGCCGCUCCGAAGAGAGAUGGCGGGGCACCUAUUUCUUCAUAUAUAGUUGAAAAAAGACCGAAGUUUGGUCAGUGGGAACGCGCUGCUAUUGUGCCUGGGGAAGAAUGUAAGGCCCACAUACCUGAACUUACAGAAGGUGGGGAAUAUGAAUUCCGUAUAAUUGCUGUAAACCGAGGAGGGCCUAGCGAUCCAUCAGAUCCAUCUAGCACUAUUAUUUGCAAGCCACGUUUUCUUGCACCAUUCUUUGACAAGUCUCUUUUAAAUGACAUUACGGUCCAUGCUGGAAAGCGUUUGGGAUGGUCAUUACCAAUCGAGGCAUCUCCUAAACCAUCUAUCAAAUGGCUAUUCAAUGGAAAAGAAAUAGUUUCGAGUACGCGCGGAGAGUCUAAUCUUUUCCAAAACGAAUUAACUUUUGAAAUUCCUUCGUCACUUAGAAGUGAUGAAGGUCGUUAUACGUUAAUGCUAAAGAAUGAGCAUGGAUCAUUUGAUGCAUCUGCUCACGCGACUGUUUUGGAUAGACCAUCACCACCGAAGGCUCCGCUGGAUAUAACAAAGAUUACAAGAGACGGAUGCCACCUAGCCUGGACUGUUCCAGAAGAUGAUGGCGGUUCGCCCAUUUUGCACUAUAUUAUAGAGAAAAUGGACUUGUCCCGAAGCACUUGGUCCGAUGCUGGCAUGAGCACUCAUACUGUUCAUGAUGUAACCCGUCUUGUUCAUAAAAAAGAGUAUUUGUUUCGAGUUAAGGCCGUUAAUGCAAUUGGGGAAUCUGAUCCUUUGGAAGCUGAAAAGAGUAUAAUUGCUAAAAAUGAGUUUGAUGAGCCUGAUGCACCUGGAAAACCAAUUAUUACUGAUUGGGAUCGUGACCAUGUUGACUUGCAAUGGCCUGUGCCAAAAAGCGAUGGCGGAGCUCCCAUAUUGGAAUACAUUAUACAGAAAAGGGAAAAGAACAGCCCUUACUGGUCUAACGUAUUGCAUGUUCCGUCAAGCAAAAACACAGCCACAGUUCCAGAGCUAACCGAAGGUCAGGAGUAUGAAUUUAGAGUGAUUGCUGUUAAUCAAGCAGGGCAGUCUGAGCCGUCAGAGCCGUCUGAUAUGAUUAUGGCCAAACCACGGUACCUGCCACCAAAAAUAAUUACUCCACUUAAUGAAAUACGCAUCAAAUGUGGUCUUAUAUUCCACACAAAUAUUGAUUUUAUCGGUGAACCGGCACCAGAAGCAACAUGGACACUUAAUACUAAUCCGCUUAAAUCAAAUGAAAGAUCUACUAUUACAUCGAUUGGUCACCACACCGUAGUACACACUGUUAAUUGCCAAAGAUCAGAUUCCGGAAUCUACCACUUACUUUUGCGUAAUAGUUCAGGAAUUGAUGAAGGCAGCUUUGAACUUAUAGUACUCGACCGCCCAGGACCCCCAGAUGGUCCAAUGGAGUAUGAAGAAAUAACGGCAAACUCUGUGACUAUUUCUUGGAAACCCCCUAAAGAUAAUGGAGGAUCUGAAAUAUCGUCCUAUAUUAUUGAAAAACGAGAUCUGACGCAUGGCGGUGGGUGGGUACCCGCAGUAAAUUAUGUCAAUGCUAAAUACAACCAUGCCGUUGUCCCCAGACUAUUGGAGGGAACAAAAUAUGAAUUUAGAGUGAUUGCCGAAAACCUACAAGGGCGCUCUGAUCCACUUACAUCCGACCAACCAGUAGUUGCCAAAAAUCAAUACACAGUACCAGGUGCACCGGGAAAACCAGAAUUAACCGACAGCGAUAAGGAUCACAUUUCAAUAAAAUGGAAACAACCAAUAAGUAAUGGAGGAUCCCCCAUAAUUGGCUAUGACAUUGAACGCCGUGACAUUAACACAGGCCGAUGGAUUAAAAUAAAUGGUCCACCAGUUGCCACCACUGAAUACCAAGACGACAGAGUAUCACAAAACCAUCAAUAUCAAUAUAGAAUAUCCGCAGUUAACGCAGCUGGUAACGGAAAGACUUCCGAACCAUCGAGCACAUUUGAUGCUCGGCCACUGCGUGAAAAGCCAAGACUUUAUUUGGAUGGUAUUACAGGAAGACGUAUUAAGGUUCGUGCAGGGGAGCCUGUUAACUUAAAUAUACCUAUAUCUGGAGCUCCCACGCCUACAAUUGAAUGGAAACGAGGCGAUAGCAAGUUGGAGGAAAGUAAACGCGUAUCGUAUGAGACUAACUCUGAGCGUACUGUAUUCCGCAUAGACGAUUCAAACAGGCAUGAUUCUGGAAAGUACACCUUAACUGCCAUUAAUGAGUUUGGCAAGGAUACGGCUGACAUUGAAGUGAUUGUCGUGGAUAAGCCAUCGCCGCCUGAAGGACCAUUAACUUAUACUGAUAGCUCCCCAGAUCACAUCUCUUUGCAAUGGUACCCUCCCAAAGACGAUGGAGGCAGCGACAUAAGCGGUUAUAUCAUCGAGUUAACUGAGCUUGGCGUAGAUGACUGGAAGCCAGUACCAGGCUACUGUCCUAAGACGAACUACACCGUAAAGGGUCUAACAGAAGGAAAGAAAUAUAUUUUCCGUGUAAGGGCUGAAAAUAUCUAUGGAGCCUCCGAAGCUCUUGAAGGUAAACCGGUAUUGGCCAAGUCGCCUUUUGAUCCUCCUGGGGCACCAUCUCAGCCAACAAUUGCUGCUUAUACGCCGAGCUCGGCUAGCUUAGAAUGGCAUCCACCAGACUAUUGUGGUGGUAAGCCAAUAACUGGGUACAUUGUUGAGCGACGAGAACGCGGUGGUGAAUGGAUUAAGUGCAACAAUUAUCCAACGCCAAAUACAUCAUAUACUGUUCCCGAUCUUCGGGACGGAGCUCGUUAUGAGUUCCGCAUAAUCGCUGUGAAUGAGGCUGGACCUGGCCAACCAUCAAAGCCCUCUGAUCCAAUAACUGCUGAGCAUCAACGCUAUCGUCCAGAUCCACCCGAACCACCAAAGCCAGAUCGUAUUUUCAAGGAUAGUGUCACAUUAUCUUGGCGGCCACCCCGCAAUGAUGGAAAAUCUAGAAUCAGAGGUUAUUAUAUCGAAGUGCGUCCCAAAAACGAAAAGGAUUGGAAACUGAUUAACGAAUUACCCAUUAAUUCAACCGUAUACACAGUACCAAACCUUAAGGAAGGAGAAGAAUAUUCAUUCCGCGUUAUCGCUGAAAACGAAGUUGGAAGAUCAAAUCCAUCUAAGCCUUGUCAGCCCAUUAGAAUUGAGGAACAACCAAACAAGCCUUGCAUGGAGUUGGGAGGCGUUCGAGAUAUAGUGUGCCGAGCUGGGGACGAUUUUAGCAUUCAUAUCCCCUACGUAGCUUUCCCCAAGCCUUGCGCCUUUUGGUAUUCCAAUGACAGUGUUUUGAAUGACGAUAAUCGUUUGCAUCAGCAUUUGACUGAUGAUGCCGCAUCGUUUGUCGUGAAGAACUCGAAGCGUUCAGAUUCAGGUCAAUAUCGACUCCAGUUAAAGAACCCAUCAGGUUUUGAUACUGCUACCAUAAAUGUUAAGGUUUUGGAUAGACCAUCUCCACCAACCCACUUACGUGCUGAUGAAUUCGCUGGAGAUUCUCUAACAUUGUAUUGGAAUCCACCAAAAGAUGACGGUGGAUCUCCUAUACAAAACUACAUUAUUGAAAAGAAAGAAGCUCGUUCUUCUACAUGGACUAAAGUAAGCAGCUUCUGCACAGUUCCGUUUGUCAGAAUUCGAAACCUUGUAAUUAACAAAGAGUAUGACUUCCGAGUGAUAGCUGAGAACAAAUAUGGCCAAUCCAAUCCGACCAACACGUCGGAGCCUAUACGUGCGAGGCAUCCCUUUGAUGUUCCUAAUACUCCUGGUAUACCUCAUGGCAUUGACUCCACAGAAGAUAGUAUAACGAUAGCGUGGUCGAAACCAAAACAUGAUGGCGGUUCUCCUAUAACCGGCUACGUUAUAGAAAAACGAUUGCUAAGCGAUGACAAAUGGACCAAAGCAGUUCAUGCUCUUUGUCCAGAUCUUACUUGUAAAAUACCAAACUUAAUUGAAAAUGCUGAAUACGAGUUCAGAGUAGCUGCAGUUAAUGCUGCCGGACAAUCCGCUUAUAGCGGUUCCAGCGAUCUCAUCUUCUGCCGCCGUCCACCGCAUGCACCAAAAAUAACAUCCGAUUUAUCGAUUCGUGAUAUGACUGUAAUUGCAGGAGAUGAAUUCCAUAUAACCGUACCUUAUCACGCAAAUCCACGGCCAACGCCGUCAUGGAGUGUGAAUGGUCUCCAAGUCACUCCCGACGAGCGAAUAAGAUUUGAUUCGGACGAUUAUUCUUCAGUUUAUUAUAAUAAAUCAGCUAAACGAAGUGAGUCUGGAUCGUACACGAUCACACUUACCAACAACAAGGGUUCAGAUACGGCAUCAUGUCAUGUCACGGUGGUAGACAGACCAGGACCACCUCAGGGUCCCUUAAAUGCCUACGAUAUUACUCCAGACACAUGCACCCUGGCUUGGAAAACUCCUUUAGAUGAUGGUGGUUCUCCAAUAACAAAUUAUGUCGUUGAAAAGUUGGACACUAGUGGCACAUGGGUGAAAAUCAGUAGUUUUGUUCGUAACACUCACUACGAUGUCAUGGGCUUGGAACCUCAACACAAGUACCACUUCCGUGUAAGAGCAGAAAAUCAAUACGGGUUGUCAGAUCCUCUGGACAUUGCCGAGCCUAUUGUUGCGAAACAUCAAUUUACAGUGCCGGAUGAACCUGGUCAACCAAAGGUGAUUGACUGGGACUCUGGAAAUGUCACAUUGAUUUGGACUCGACCAGCUAGUGAUGGGGGAUCCCGAAUUCAAGGUUAUCAAAUUGAAUAUCGAGACAUUGUUAACGACUCUUCGUGGAAUACAUAUGACUACCUAAUAAAGGACACUAAAUACCAACUGUACAAUUUAGCUAACGGCAGCGAAUACGAAUUCCGUAUAAAGGCAAAGAACGCGGCUGGAUUGAGUAAGCCUUCCCCACCGUCUCUAAGGUUUAAAUUAAAAGGAAAAUUCAAUGUGCCUUCACCGCCUGGAACGCCGCAAGUCACAAGGGUCGGCAAAAACUAUGUCGACUUGAAAUGGGAAAAACCAUUAAGAGAUGGGGGCUCUCGUAUUACCGGCUACAUUAUUGAACGAAGGGACAUCGGUGGAGCCGUAUGGGUAAAGUGUAAUGAUUACAAUGUUUUAGACACCGAAUACACGGUUAUUAACCUGAUCGAGAUGGGGGACUACGAAUUCCGUAUAUUUGCUGUCAAUUCCGCCGGACGCUCGGAACCUAGCUUAUGUACGAUGCCAAUCAAAAUUUGCGAGGUACUUGGUGGCGAAAAACCCGAAUGGAUCACCCGACUUCAAGACAGAGUAGCACCUUUUGGCAAGGAUUACACACUGCAGUGUGCCGCCUCAGGUAAACCUAGCCCAACAGCUAGAUGGCUUAGAAAUGGAAAAGAAAUUCAAAUGGGUGGCGGAAGAAUUACGUGCGAUAGUAAGGACGGGCACUUCCGAUUGCAUAUAUCUAAUGUACAAACUGGUGACGACGGUGACUAUACAUGUGAGGCAAUUAAUUCCCUUGGGUUUGUUCAUACCUCAGGUUAUCUUAAAAUUGGAUCACCACCAAUCAUAAACAGAUGUCCCAAUGAACUUUACUUACCCGAAGGAGACAAUACAAAGAUCAAGGUUUACUACUCAGGUGACCAGCCACUGACUGUGAUAUUAAAGAGAAACAAUGAAGUUAUAUCCGAGGUUAAUGAUGAAACGCAUAUUAAGUUAAACGUCUUUGACGAUUAUGUAGCAAUUUGUAUUCGUGAUAUUGUAAAAAGUGACGCUGGCCAAUAUCAAAUAGAAUUCACUAACGAUUCUGGUAGUGCCACGGCGCAUUUUGAUGUACGGAUCACUGGUUUACCUUCAGCGCCCACAGGACCAAUGGGGAUAUCGUUCAUUAACAAAAACUCUUGUACUUUGGCGUGGCGUCCGCCUUCCUACGAUGGUGGCCUUAAAGUUACUCACUACGUGGUGGAGCGGAAGGAUUUAUCAUCACCGCACUGGAUAACAGUUUCCAGCACCUGUAAAGAUACCUCCUUUAACGUACAAGGUCUUAUCGAGAACCAAGAAUAUAUUUUCCGUGUGAUAGCUGUAAAUGAGAACGGAAUGGGUCCACCACUGGAAGGCUUAAACCCUAUUCGAGCUAAGGCACCAAUUGACCCUCCAUCGCCACCAGGAAUUCCUAAAAUUACUGAAAUUGGAGGAGACUUUGUGCAUUUGGAAUGGAGCAAACCGGAAUCGGAUGGCGGUGCGCACAUUCAAGGCUAUUGGAUCGAUAAACGUGAAGUAGGCAGCGACACUUGGCAGCGUGUAAAUGCUACCAUCUGUGCACCCAAUCAAAUAAACUGUAUCAAUCUGAUCGAAGGUCGGCAAUACGAGUUUCGAAUCUUCGCUCAGAAUGUAGCAGGACUCUCAAAGGAAUCCACUGCCUCCCAAGCGGUCAAGAUAAUAGAUCCAAAGGCGGCUUCGCCUCCAUUGAUUGUGAAACCGCUACGCGAUGCCAAUUGCAUUCAGAAUCAUAACGCCCAAUUCACAUGCACAAUAAGUGGGGUUCCUAAACCAACAAUAUCCUGGUAUAAGGGAGCUCGUGAAAUAAGUAACGGUGCGCGUUAUCAUAUGUACUCAGAAGGCGACAAUCACUUCCUAAAUAUCAACGACGUAUUCGGCGAAGACGCUGAUGAAUAUGUCUGCCGCGCUGUGAACAAAGCUGGAGCAAAAUCGACAAGGGCGGCAUUGGCAAUUAUGACUGCUCCAAAACUAAACGUUCCACCACGAUUCAGAGACACGGCUUACUUCGAUAAAGGUGAAAAUGUUGUAAUCAAAAUUCCCUUUACUGGCUUCCCUAAACCACGUAUAAACUGGAUAAGGGAAGGUGAAAAUAUCGAGUCUGGUGGUCACUACACUGUGGAAGUGAAAGAACGACACGCUGUUCUUAUAAUCCGGGAUGGAUCGCGCUUGGACUCGGGGCCUUAUAGGAUAACAGCUGAGAAUGAGCUUGGUUCGGAUACAGCCGUAAUUAAAGUUCAAAUUAGUGAUCGUCCAGAUCCGCCGCGAUUCCCAUCAAUUGAAAGUAUUGGAACUGAUUCCUUAUCUCUUAGUUGGAAAGCACCUGUCUGGGAUGGUGGUAGUGACAUAACGAAUUACUACGUAGAGCGUCGUGAGCAUCCAUUAUGUUCGUGGCUACGGGUUGGAAAUACUCGGUUUACUUCUAUGGCAGUUAGUGGUUUAACUUCAGGAAAAGAGUAUGAUUUCCGCAUAUUUGCUGAUAAUGUUUAUGGACGAUCUGAACCUUCAGACCCUAGCAGUCUAAUCAAGACAAAGGAGUCUAUUAAAAAGAAACCAAAAGAACGUAAAUUGGAAACCGAUGCAAAUGGCAAAAAAAUUCGCGGUAAAGCAGAUGGCCCAAUUAAAGACUAUGAUUCAUAUGUGUUUGACAUUUAUUCAAAGUUCGUUCCGCAACCUGUUGAGAUCUCUCAGCAAAGUGUUUACGAUAAGUAUGAUAUCCUUGAAGAAAUAGGUACGGGUGCUUUUGGUGUGGUGCACCGUUGUCGUGAAAGAAGCACUGGAAAUAUUUUUGCUGCUAAGUUUAUUCCAGUAUCACAUUUAGUUGAGAAAGACCUUAUUCGCCGGGAAAUAGAUAUCAUGAAUCAGCUGCACCAUCAAAAACUUAUUAACCUGCACGACGCUUUUGAGGACGAUGAUGAAAUGGUUUUAAUACUUGAAUUCUUAUCUGGAGGCGAAUUAUUUGAACGCAUUACCGCAGAGGGCUACGUGAUGACGGAAGCUGAAGUUAUAAACUAUAUGAGGCAAAUUUGCGAGGGCAUCAGGCAUAUGCACGAGAAAAAUAUUAUACAUCUGGAUAUAAAGCCAGAGAACAUUAUGUGCCAUACUCGUUCAAGCACAAAUGUAAAGCUUAUCGACUUCGGAUUAGCGACAAGGCUAGAUCCAAAUGAAGUUGUCAAAAUUACAACCGGUACGGCAGAGUUCGCUGCACCGGAGAUCGUUAACAGAGAGCCCGUCGGUUUCUAUACUGAUAUGUGGGCCACCGGAGUACUGGCAUAUGUUCUGUUAAGCGGAUUAUCACCUUUCGCUGGUGAUAACGAUGUCCAAACACUCAAAAAUGUUAAGGCAUGCGAUUGGGAUUUCGAUUUAGAAUCAUUUAAAUACAUAUCUGAAGAGGGUAAAGAUUUUAUAAGAAAAUUGCUUGUUGCCAACAAAGAAAAGCGUAUGACUGCACACGAAUGUCUUCUGCAUCCUUGGCUUACUGGAGAUCACAGGUCUAUGACACGGGCAAUUAACCGUGAUCGUUAUCUCGCCUACCGUGAAAAACUUAGAAAGAAAUAUGAAGAUUUUGAGAGAUAUCUGUUGCCAAUCGGACGCCUAUCAGAAUACUCAUCUCUGAGAAAGUUGCUUAUGGAGAAAUAUAAAAUACAUGACGCCGUUUUCGAUCGUCGUCAAGCAGCGCCACGUUUUGUGAUUCGACCAUCGUCCCAGUUCUGCUACGAGGGUCAAAGCGUGAAGUUCUACUGCCGGUGCAUUGCCAUUGCUACUCCCACUCUUACCUGGUCUCACAAUAAUAUUGAGUUGCGGCAGAGUGUCAAGUUUAUGAAGCGCUAUACUGGGGAUGACUACUACUUUGUCAUCAACCGAGUUAAGUUAGAUGAUCGAGGAGAAUAUAUUAUUCGUGCAGAAAAUCACUAUGGCUCCAGAGAAGAAGUCGUCUUCCUGAAUGUUCAGCCCUUACCAAAAGAACAGCCACGGUAUCGAACGGAAUCAACUCCGGUUCGCAGACGUGAACCGUUGCCGUACACUUUCUGGCAAGAAGAGUCCGAGACGGCGCCCAGUUUCACAUUCCUUUUGCGGCCACGCGUCAUGCAGGCCCGCGACACAUGCAAACUACUUUGUUGUUUGAGUGGCAAGCCAGUGCCUACUGUUAAGUGGUACAAGGACGGCAGAGAGCUCAGCAAAUAUGAGUAUGCGAUGACUCACUCUGAUGGAGUUGUCACCAUGGAAAUAAUCGACUGCAAGCCAUCCGAUUCAGGAAAAUACAGCUGUAAGGCAACAAACUGUCACGGAUCAGACGAAACAGAGUGUGUCGUGAUUGUUGAAGGAGAAUGGGUUACGCCUGAGCAGGCUCAACUUGCACACAAUUUCCUUUACUCAGGAGAUAGAAAAUAUAUAGAACAGCCAAUUAAGCCAGCGCCUCCACCAAUUGUAACAUCCCGCCAGUUUACCUCAUCUUCAAUCCAGAGCACAUCGGAAUCUAAGGCCGACCAAACCACUGUUUCCAACACAAGUUCUUCAAGCACUCAGAAUAGCAUUUCAAGCAAAAAGAAGUAUGCGUCUAAUAGUUUACAGGCCCCUGGAAGCCCGUCUAGAUCACGAAGUGCAACUAAAGAACUUAUACUUCCCCCAGAUGAUUCAUUAAUGUGUAAGCCAGAGUUUACGAAGCCCCUACACGAUCUAACUAUCCGUGACGGUGAACAGUUGAUUCUUACAUGUCACGUGAAAGGCGAUCCAGAGCCUCAAAUCACUUGGUCAAAGAAUGGGAAGUCGAUAUCAUCUUCUGAUAUUAUGGACUUAAAGUAUAAAAAUGGAAUUGCAACUUUAACCAUCAACGAAGUUUUCCCGGAGGACGAGGGAGUAUUUACUUGUACAGCCACAAAUUCUAUUCGUGCUGUGGAAACUAAAUGCAAACUAACAAUAAAGCCGCUGGAUAAGAGCUCUUCCAAACGAAAAGUAGUUUCCGGCGAUAAAGCGCCAAAAAUUGUAAGUCACUUGGAGUCGAGAUUUGUUAGGGAUGGCGACGCAGUUACCUUGGCCUGUCGCAUUAUUGGAGCUGAACACUUCGAUGUGGUAUGGUUGCACAAUAACAAAGAGAUAAAGCCAAGCAAGGAUUUCCAGUAUACCAACGAAGCCAAUAUAUACCGAUUGCAAAUCGCCGAAAUUUUCCCCGAAGAUGGCGGCACCUACACCUGCGAGGCCUUUAACGAUGUAGGCGAAUCGUUCAGUACCUGCACUAUAAAUGUAACAGUGCCUGGAGACGAGCCUAAGCAUCCGGCAUUUGUGAAAUUCCCCACAUCAGUUUCACUUCUUGAAGGAGAGGCUACCACAUUCGAGUGCGAAUUAGAUUCAGAGCUUCUUAAUUUGGUUUGGGUUAAAGAUGGCAAGCCCAUUGACGAAACUCUUUCACGAUACUCAUUUACAAAAGAUGACAACCGAUACGCUUUUACAGUUGCGAAAUGUAACAUGGACGAUGUUGGCCAAUACCAGGCGAAGGCCGUUGCCAGAAAGGGAGAAAGUAUAUGUGCAUUCUCGAUAAACGUUCACAACGCCGAUGCCUAAGCCAAUUUUGCAAGUUGUUAUAUUUAAUUAACCGACUACAUAAAAUGUGCAUAUAUAUUAUAUACAUAUGUAUUAGGAGUAUGCCAUAAUUAGACUGCUCAUGAAAAGUCGCUUUCAUCAUCCAAACAUCUAUACAUAUACAUAGGCGUUUAUGUAUAUAAAUAUAUGUAAAGUUUAUGCAUUUCAAGCAUAUCGUCCGAAAUCGCUCGAUAUGAGAUAUUCACGUGCAUCCACUUAACUCAAGCAUUAUAUGUAAAAUACUAUUAAACGCAAAAUAACGUAUAAGAACAAUUAAUCCAACUGUCUACCAUUACAAUUUUACAAUUGGCAAUGAACUCACAGAUACUGUUCGGUAAUGACAAAUCCUUCGCUGCUUGCGUGACUAAUGGCAUCCUCAACAAUAACAUCUAAAACAUUAGACAUUCAAGUAGUUGAUUAAUCGUUAAUUAUCGUACAAAGUUCUGUAUAACUUUCAAAAUAUAAAGACAAAUGUGAAAUAUGCGGGCGGUAAUUGACAAAAAAAUAAAUGUAACAUUUUCAAAAAAAAAA